AUGGUGAAGGUGAAAGGUAAAUGUGAUGCUGUCAUCGAUCUUAUUCUUAUAAUAGAUUCAUCUGGAAGUAUUUCUUUUGAUGAUUUUCAAAAAGCUGGUGUAGCUCUUAUUAAUUAUGCAUCAAAUGUAUCACUUUUUACUCAAAUUGGAGUAUUUGAAUUUGAUAAAACAGAAUUACUCACACAUAUUGCUGCACUUUCACAUAUUCGUACAAAUACAGCAACUGGUGAUACUUUAGCUUUAGCUAGAAAUAAUAAAGGUCGACUAGUAAUACCUGCUGCUCAACCAAUACGUAAUACAUCAAUUGAAGGUAAUCGUUUUGCCAUCAGUAUAGGGCGUUUCAUAAGUUUUGAGGCGCGACAAAAUUAG